AUGGACAACUCCAGUGGCGCGAGGGACAGUCGUUACACGACACUUGGAUAUAACAUGGGUAUGAUGGGUAGCGACACUGGCGCCGAAAUGUAUGGACGUCCGUCUACUUCUCAGCUGGCCGCAGCUUCACAGUUACGCAGUGGCGCCACCAUGAUGAAUACUGGCGGUGGUGGUGCAGGGGCUGGUGGUGGUGGUGGUGCUAAUUCUGGUGGUAAUUCUAACGUAAACAUGCAACGAGGGAUGAAAAGAUCUUCCUCAGAUGUUUGUUAUGAUGACGGGAAUGGACGUCAAAGUUUGUCUCAAAAUCAGGGGAUGGGCAUGGGACCUGGUGACUGUGUUCCUGACAAUCUUGAUGACACUUACACAAACCUGGGUGCUCCUAAAAAAUCACCCCCAUCUAAUGGCAAAAAGACCAAAGGACGUGCGUACGAGCUGUCAACUUUGACUGGGACCCAAGUAAUGCUGCUGGUGGCCAGUGAAACCGGUCACGUGUACACAUUUGCGACGCGCAAACUCCAGCCGAUGAUAACGAGCGAGGCGGGAAAGGCGCUGAUUCAAACGUGUCUGAACAGUCCGGAUCCACCGCCGUCAGGCUCGUCAGGAGACCAGCGGAUGUCAGCGACGGGGUUUGAGGAGACUGAGCUGACGUACAACAUCGCUGAUGAUGAGCAGAAAGUAAGGCAACUGGUGUACGGCUCACCCCACGGGGGUGCUUUACACGGCGGGUAUCCGGGGGCGGGUUCCCAACACGGGCCACCCUCCCACGGUCAGCACUCACAGCAUGCACAUCUGAUAGCGCAUGCACACGCUGGCUCGCCAAGCUCCCAUCUGGUACCGUGCUCGAGUCCCGGGCCGCUCUUAGCCGGUGGACCUUAUCAGCAAUCGUGUCCGUCGCCGUUGCCGCCCCCGCACGCUACUUAUCAUCCCCAUAUGUCGCACUCGCACCCACAACGGAAGAAACAGCAUCCCCGAGAUCAGAUAUUUGUGCCAAUGACAGUGAGGGUGAUUCCAGUGAUGGCGAACCUACUGACACUAAGCCACCGAGGAAUGCCGGCCUUUUCAGCGGGGAUAAUGUACCAAAUGCCUCAAAAUGUUAUGUAUUCGCCAAGUUCUGGAGUACUAUUAAGUAUUGGACAAAACGGGCAACCUGUUCAAAUUUCAUCAGACGGAAGACUGUCAUUGCCAGUUACAUCUAAGGCUUUAUCACCACCUUGUUCGAUAGCAUCAACAGAUGUCAAUUCAGAUAUGCCUUCAGAUCUCAGUAAAGAUCUUUUUCAGACAACAUUA